AGUUGGCGUGUUUGGCCAACCGCUGCUUCCGAUUCAUGUCUGCAUCUUAUCGCGCCGACCAGCCUUCAAUCUCCCGUUAGCUUAUGAAUGUCAUUAGCUUUGAAACACUCAGCUGGCACUGACUUGGUGUGGUCCAUGGCAGUAGUUUUUUUUCUUCCUGGUAACCCCACCACUCUUUAAAAAUUCCGUCUAAAAAGAAAAAGCGCUCCGUCCCCUCCCGCGGAUCUUCCGCCAACGUGUGCAACUACCCAGAAGAUCUAGGGGCAGCUCUUUACAGAGAGCCGUUUGACUUCAACGCUGAGCCACCUUGGGAUCCGAGCUGAUACUGGACGCCUUCAGCCCAGGACUCGUCCAUGUGGUUUGUUGCAUAGCUCUAGGACCCCAGGGGCUCAAGGAAACGGGAAAUAAGGUCACUGAGGACUGUCCAUAUUUUUUAUGCCUGUCGGAUUAGAAGAAAACGGCUGAGAGGAUGAAGGGAAUUGCAGAUGAGCCUCAGUAUUCUGUGGGGCUUCUGGAUGGAGGCACUGCCCUCUGUGACGUGAUUGACAAUUACAUCGAUGAACAAACUCUGUCUGAGAAGAGUGCAUUCUUUGUAGCAGACUUGGGGGCUGUAAUGAGGCAGCAUGUUCGCUGGCGAACCCGCAUGCCCCUGAUCCGGCCGUACUAUGCCGUCAGAUGCAACAGCAGCCCCGCUGUCAUUGAACUGCUUGCUUCCCUCGGCUCUGGAUUCACAUGCUCGAACAAGGCUGAACUGGAGCUGGUGCUGAGUCACGGGGUUUCUCCUGAAGAUAUCAUCUACAGCGGUGUUUGUAAACAGGUGUCCCAGAUCAAAUAUGCUGCUACCAACGGCGUUGACCUCCUGGUGUGUGAUAACGAAGCAGAACUGCGCAAGAUUUCUCGCUGCCACCCCGGAGCCAAGCUGCUGCUGCAGGUUUCAACAGAAGCCUCCAACCCUGAGGAUGAGAUGAGUGUGACCUUUGGCUGUUCUCUCAAGGACAGCAGGCACCUGCUGGAGAGUGCUAAGGAGCUUGGUGUGCAGGUGGUGGGGGUCCGGUCCAACAUUUCCAGCUCCUGUGAGGACGACCAGGUUUACCUUCAUGCCAUCUCUGAUGCCCGCUACAUCUUUGACCUGGGGGAGGAAAUGGGCUUCAACAUGAACGUUUUGGACAUUGGGGGUGGAUUCAGCGGCACUGAGGCUCAGCUGGACCUGAUACACAGCGCCGUCAUGUCUGUGGUGGACCUGUACUUCCCCUCUUCAUCUGGAGUGUCCCUCAUUGCUGAGCCUGGCAGCUUCUUUGUGUCUUCUGCCUUCACUCUGGCUGUCAGCGUUAUCUCCAAGAAGAUGGUGGACCAGACUCGAGCAGAGGAGCUGUCUCCCAGCAAGCAGCCAGAGUUCCAGUACUUCAUGAACGACGGGGUGUAUGGAUCCUUUUCCAGCAAACUCUCUGAAACUCAGAUUGGAGCUCCGUCUGUUCACAAGAAGACGCUGGUGGAUGCUCCGCUUUUCAGCAGCAGUCUGUGGGGUCCUUCAGGAGAUGAUCUGGACCAGGUGGUGGAGAGCUGCUUGCUGCCGGAGCUCAACAUUGGAGACUGGCUUGUGUUCAAACAUGCCGGGGCCUACCGUCUGGGUCAGCCGCUGCUGACCUCCACUGACUCACCAGCGCCCCCUAUCUUCUAUUUCAUCUUCUCCAGAGACUGGUUUGAGAUGCAGGACACCGGCGUCAUGCAGGACACCAUGCUGAAGAACCUUUCUUUGGUCCCUUACUGCUUCAAUUCUUCCCAGACUGGAGCUGCACUGUCAGUCCCAGCUUAGGUCGCCUGCAGGAGCGCUUCAGUCUGUCGCUGGUUUAUGCUGCUAGCAUCCUUUGAUGUACAGAGAAGUUUUCAACCAAAUGUGCAGCCAGUGUUUGACCCUGUCCGACCUCAAUGUUUAACACGUGAGACGACCCGGACACCAGACAUGUUAGUAUGCAGCAAAAUGGAUGACUCCAAACAUGAAUUCUUCUCUUAGCUUCCAGCAAUAAAACCUUCCAACUGUUACUUUAGGUUGAGAAAAAGGACUGUCGGUCUGCUUUGCUGGUGCCAUGUUUGUAAAGUUAGAUGUGUAUUCUUAAUUUAGAAAAUGUUAAAAUAACAGUUUGCUGAAAAAUGUCUAUUUAUGAUUAAAAGUUGUUCUGUUAUUUAUUAUCUGUGGCUAAAGUUCCAGUAGUACUUGUGUCUGAACAUGGGACUGGAAUUGCAGAACCUGCAGGUGAAUUUCUUUAUCUUUCUGUGUUCAGAGUCGACACCUAUGGAAACAUAACAUCUGAAGCAGUGAUACGGCUUUUGUCAGACUUUGUCAGUGAGGCCGGCAGGGAACUGCCGACAGACCAGGGGAAGUGUUGUAGGGCUGCGAACCAGCUGGUAAGGGACAGGACUCUUUAUAGAAUGAGAAAAAUAAGAAUGAAAGGGUAUAAAUGUGAGACUUUUUACUCUGAACAUGUCUGUCACAUGACUCCUCACAUCAUUGCGCUGCAUGCAUCGUGUCUGUAAACUUGUCUCUCGUUGAGGAUUAACUAUCAGGCUCCUAAUCUGUAGCUGUGCUCAUAACGUAAUAAAGCCCUUAUUGACUUGA